GAAACCUUAUAAACUUUGCUCACUAUGUAACCCUAAUAUUCUCUGUCAGAUUCUGGAAAAGCUCUGCAACAUUUUACGCACUGAUUCUCUGGCAGAAGUUCUACAGUGGCUGCUUCAUGCGAGUUCAAAAGAAAAGGAGUGGGUCUCAGCUUUGAUUCAUGCUGAACUGGCUGAGAUAAACUUAACUCGCCUCAGAAGAAACACCUCAGCUGAACCAGCAGCAGAGACUGGGGAGCCACCCAAAGUUAAGUCACCCUCAAAUUCAUCAGCAAAAUCAAAGGUGCUAACAAGUUCUAGGGAAGGACAUCAACAGAGGAGAGUGUCAAGUCAAGGAUCUGAAGAAAAUAAGGAAGUACUGAAAGAGGGCAAGCCUCCAUUGUUUAUAAGAAGAAAUGAGAUGAAAAUACCCGUUGCAGAAUAUUUCAGCAAGCCAAAAUCUCUUCCCAGGCCUAAAACUCAGGAGAGCAAAUCAACAAAGCCAGUGUCAGCAAGGAGUACCCAACAAGGAUAUAAUCUCUCUGCCCAAAGAGCAUUUUAUCCUGUAACAUACCAAAGGUAGAAAUGGUAUACUGGGCUAAACCUUUCAGAAACGCAAGUUUCACUUUGUUAUGACAUCAAUUAUGAAAAACACAUUUUUGGUAUGGAGGAAUCAACAGCUCUUCUAUAUGGUGGUACAUGUAAAUCUCAAAGCAACUGUAUAUAAAGCUACUAAAUAAAUAUUAAUGGAAAUAUUUC